AGUUGAAAUGUUCCCCUCCGGCAGAAUAGUGGUUAGAAGUGGCCCUCGCGAGUAGUCCCCUCUGCGUAUGUUCCGUGCUUAGUAUGUGUCUUCUUAUGCCAUUUAGUGGUUAGAAAUCACACUCGUGAGUAGUCCUUCCGGUCCCAUGGCAGUGUCUAGGAUUUCUUGCUCGAGCCUUGGUUCGGGCCUCGUCGUCCCCACAGAAGAAGCUGACCAGGUCAGGGAUCCGGCCGAGGGGGCUCUUCUAGAGCCAAGCGAGAUGGGGCUUGUUCGCCCUUCCGGUUCGCGGGGUGGGGGCAUGGGGAUGGAGAGGUGGGGGAUGCGCGGAGAGACCCAAAGAUCCAUCUUUUUCUGGGUUUUUUUGGUUUGUGUUUGUUUUCUCUUGCAUGCGAUAAAGAUUCGAUCUUUAACCACAAUGAAGAAGCAAAGAUCGAUCCCGGAGUCCGAUUUCAACUGCUUUGAUCUGCUGUCCGAAGAGAUAUUAUUCUUGAUUCUUGAUUAUCUUGAAGAAAACCCAGCUGACAGGAAAUCAUUCUCUCUUGUUUGCAAGGCAUUCUACAGCGUGGAGUCCCACCACAGAAAAGCACUGAAACCCAUACGCCCAUUGCACUUGACCAAGAUCCUCGGAAGAUACCCUCACGUUUCUGAUCUUGAUCUCUCUCUGUGUCCCAGAGUCACAGAUGCAUGGCUCGCUGCGAUUUCCAGUUCUUGCAGGAAAACAUUGAGAUCAAUCAAUCUUUCUAGGUCUAAGUUUUUCACCCAUGCCGGCUUGUCGAAUCUAGUGAUGUCUUGUGUGAAUCUGGUUGAAGUUGAUUUGUCCAACGCCUCGGAGUUGAAGGACAUGGCGGCAGCCGUGGUAGCAGAAGCUAAGAAUCUGGAGAAGCUUUUGCUGGUGAGGUGCAAGGGUAUUACCGAUAUUGGAAUUGGAUGUAUUGCUGUUGGGUGUAAGAAGCUUAGACUGCUGAACUUGAGAUGGUGUUUGGGGGUUGGAGACCUUGGGGUUGGCCUGAUUGCUGUCAAAUGCAAGGAUAUUCGUAGCUUGGAUCUCUCUUAUUUGCCGAUAUCAAACAAAUGCUUAUCGUCAAUCUCGAAGCUGCAAAAGCUUGAAGAUUUGGUUCUUGAAGGAUGCUAUGGCAUUGAUGAUGACAGUCUCAUAGCUCUCAAACAAGGAUGCAAAUCAUUGGAGACACUCAAUAUGUCAAGCUGCCAGAACGUUAGCCCAGUGGGUUUAUCUUCAUUGACAUGCAGUGCCGGAUGUCUUCGACAACUUACCUUGUCAUAUGGAUCUCCCGUAACUCUUGCUCUUGGUGAGAGCUUACAGAAGCUUUCCAUGUUGCAGUCCAUUAAACUGGAUGGUUGUCAGGUGACGUGCUCCGGACUAAGGGCCAUUGGGAACUGGUGUGUGUCACUAAGAGAACUUAGCUUGAGUAAAUGCCCCGGCGUUACGGACGACGGCCUUUGCUCUGUCGUUACAAAGCACAGAGAACUGGUGAAGUUGGAUAUUACCUGUUGCCGCAACAUCACUCAUCUCUCCAUUUCCAACAUUACAAAUUCGUGCCCCUCGCUGACUUCCCUUCGGAUGGAAUCUUGCACCCUUGUGCCAAGGGAAGCUUUUGUUUUGAUAGGACAACGGUGCCAGUCUCUAGAGGAACUUGAUGUUACAGACAAUGAAAUUGACAAUGAAGGCCUAGAAUCCGUUUCCAAGUGUUCGGGUCUGUCUUCCUUAAAAUUAGGCAUCUGUCUGAACAUAACUGACAAGGGGCUUAUCCACAUCGGCACGUCUUGCCCGAAUCUCAAGGAGCUUGACUUAUACAGGUCAUCUGGAGUUACGGAUUCGGGUAUUUACGCAAUUGCCCGCGGCUGCCUCAGCCUUGAGACAAUUAACAUAGCAUAUUGCAACCAAAUUACUGAUCACUCCUUUGUGUCACUGUCCAAGUGCUUGAAGCUAAACACACUUGAGAGUAGAGGGUGCCCUCUUCUCACAUCUUCAGGUCUAGCUGCAGUUGCAGUUGCUUGUAGGCUACUGGCUAAGCUAGACGUCAAGAAGUGCCACAAUAUAGAUGAUACCGGAAUGAUUUCUCUCGCCCAAUUCUCCCAAAAUCUCAGACAUAUAAAUUUGUCCUACACAUCGGUCACCGAUUUGGGGCUUUUGGCUCUUGCCAGCAUAAGCUGUCUGCAGAGCAUGACCGCAAUCCAUCUGAAGGGGCUGAGUCUUAGUGGCCUCGCGGCUUCUCUUCUUGCGUGUGGUGGACUGACCAAUGUGAAACUUUCGUCGUUUUUUAAAUCCCUUUUUCCCCAGCCUCUCAUUGAACAUUUACAAGUCCGCGGCUGUGCUUUUCGGUGGAGUGACAAAGUGUUUCGGGCGGAAUUGGACGCGAAAUGUUGGAAACUCCAAAUGGACGACGGCUCUUGAGUUUGCCAUUCCUUGGAGGGCUAAUGCAUACUGCUUUCGUCCCAGAGUAUUGAUUCAGUUUGACAUUUAUGCGUCAAACUAGACAAACUUUGAUUAUCGAUAAAAUAAAAAUUGUAUGGUAUUUUAGUAGGAAAAGUUGUAUUGUACGGAGUACGUUAGAGAAUACACAACUUAUCGUCCUAUAAUGGAUAAGCAAGAAAAGAAUCUGGUUGCG